AAAGGGAUAAGAAAAUGAUAAAAAUUUAUAAAAAAAAGAAGAAAGUUAACCUUUCUAUAAAUAAUUAUCAAGAGAGAAAAUACAAUAAAUAAAAGUAAAAAUUAUUAAAUAAUAAAUUUUUAAUAAAAAUAAUAAAAGGCAAUAAAGCAUCCUCCUAAACCUGUUGGUCAUUAUCGUGUUAAAUAUACAGUUAUAGACAAAAACCCACAUUUAGUAUGGAAUAUGUUAAAUGUUCAUAAAUAAUAUGAAUAAAAUAAAUAAAAAUUAAAUAUGAAAACAAAGUCUUCGACAUAAUAAAUGAAUUAAACUUUAGAAUUCGAUUUAAGAAGACCAAUUCCAGAUAAAUUAUUAAAAAGGACAACUGGUUUUAUAGACUUAGGAAGAUAAUAAUCAAGGUAAAUAUAUAUUUUUAUAAAUUCUUAUAUAUUUAUAAAAAGAGGAGCCUUACUUAUUAAUUAAAAAAAUAAUCCUCACGAAAGUCAAUUUGAAACAAUUCGAUAUUCGAAAUAUUUUUCGAAAAUAAAAAAUAUACCUUCUUUUAAUAUAAAAGCAUCUUUAGGAAGAGAGGAUAAUAAAAUAUACGAAAAUAAAGAAUUUGCACCUGAUUAUAAUCCAAAUUACGAAUUCGGUAAAAAAACACUCGGUUCUUGUGGACCUAGUUUUCAUAAAAUUCCUGCAAGAAAAACAUUUGAAAAAAAAACAAUAACAUAUAAUGAAAAUUUUUAUAAUUUAAACGAUUAUAAAAACAAAUCUAUUAUAUUUAAAAAUACUACAUGUCCUGAUUUUAAAAGAAUGUUACCAAGAGAAAGAGAUUUAAAAUCUCCUUUACCUAGUUUUAUGCAAUAAUUUGUUAAUUCUAGAACUUAAUUAACUUGUCUUUCACAUAAAAUGCUUAAAUAAAACAAUUAUUUUGAAGGCAGAUUCUAAAGUACAGAAUCUCAAUUUAAGGCAUUCAAAAAGCCUUAACCCAAAGAAUAAGAUUCAGAUGAUUCAAUGGAAUAUAAUUAAGAAUGA